UCCUAAUGUAGCCUUGGAGGCAACAAUCACUCAAAUUGACAUUAAAUUUGUCUGGUUAUAUUGAAGGGAAUGUACCAGUUCAAGGGGAACACCAGAAACUGUCAAAACAGACACUGAAAAGUCUAAAUCAUUCUUAUUGAAAUGCUACACUACGACAUCAAUCUCAGUGUGCUGGAUGAGUCAUCCUCAUACAGGUUUACUGGCUUAUCUGCUGUGGAAAUCAAAAACCGGCUGACGAAAUCAAUCCGAUUGAAUAUGAAGCAACUCAAAGCAGCGAAUGAAUUAGCAUCAAAAAAAGUAAUGCUGAUAGCAAGGUCCUUGAUGAAACUGCUGGAAACAUUUGGGGAUGGCCACAAGGGACGCUUCUUGGACUAUGUCAACAGCAGACUUGGCAUCUCCAAAUCAUCUUACUACUACUAUAUGGAGCACUAUGCCUUUAUGGCAGAAUUUACCAGACAUUUGGGUCUCCUAAUAUAAGCUAUUCUGUAGCUGAAUGCAUUCAUCAGAGUUCUGGUUCAAAACUACUGUUGGAAAAAGAUUGAGUUUUGUGAAAGGUUGUGAGCAAUUUGAAGGCUAUUCUAAACAAAAGUCAGGUUCAAAGUCUAUCAGUGAAUUUUUCUAGCAGCUCGAGUCUUUCAAUGCAAUAUCCUAUACUUUUCCUACCAAAGUUCAUACUUGUAAAGUUGAUCUGAAGACUGUUUUAUUUUUUUGUAGCUUUGAAACAUCGACAAUCUUUUCCAGAUGGUAUAUCAAGUAUUCGAAAGCAUCAUUUGGGUUCUGCAAUCUCAAAUUUUCGGUUUUAACGAGAUCCUCGUCACUCUUGGUUU